AUGUUUGAUAAAUCUUCUAAGGCUUUUAUAAAACAAGAUCCAUUGCCUCCAGAUUAUGGAACAUCCCGUCCAUAUGAUAAAGGUUUUGGGGAAAUUAUGUUUGAUGGAUACGCACCUUUAUUAGAUCAACAUCAUAUAAUUCAGGAAAAUGAGAUUCCAGAGGAUUUUAAAUAUGGGACAACAGUUAAUCAAUGUGAUAUUUCUAUAAGAAUGGAUUUUGUUAGAAAAGUUUAUUCUAUACUUUUUUUGCAAAUUGUGGGAUCAGUUUUGGUUUCAGGAGUUUUAACAACGAAUAAGAUGUUAAGAGAAUAUAUUGUAUCCAAUCCUGUGAUUAUUUUUUUUUCAAUGUUUGGAAGUAUUAAUACUUUACUUUUUUUAUCAUGGAAAAGCCGUUCAUGUCCAUUAAAUUUCUAUCUUCUAGUUUUAUUUACAUUGUUUGAGUCAUCUACAAUUGGAACUAUAGUUUCUUAUUAUAACAGUAAUGUUAUUUUAGAAGCACUUUUGAUUACUACAGGAAUAUUUUUGGGAUUGACACUAUUUACGUGGCAAAGCAAAUAUGAUUUUAGGAGUAUAGGAGGUUACCUAUAUUUUGGACUUAUAGUAUUUUUAUCAGGAGGAUUGGUUUCCUUUUUCCUCCCUUAUAAUAGAACAUUUGAUUUAUUAUAUGCCAUGUUUGGGGCUCUUAUUUUUAUAGGAUACAUAUUUUAUGACACUUCAAAUCUCAUGAAACAUUUAUCUCCAGAAGAAUACAUUGCUGGAGCAGUUUCUCUUUAUAUAGAUAUCAUAAAUCUUUUCUUCCAAAUUUUGAGUUUGAUUGCAAAAUUAAAUGGUGAUAAUGAGUAAAAAACAACUUGUUCAAUUUUCCUAUUUUUAAUAAGUAUUUACUAUUCCUAUCGGCGC